UAGCCUAAUCGCUGGGAUUAUGUAGCCGCCUGUCCCGCCGUGAGUUGGCCGUGUUCCUCCUCUCUAAAUUCUGCAGCAACGUUAGUUUAUCGACCCGCUGGUUUAGUGGCCCACAGUCUUUAUUUCCCAUAUCUGCCGCUGUGGAGGACGCGCUGCUCGCUCUACAGAGGUUAAAGAGCCAUGGGAACCAGGAGGGUACUUGUGACCGGGUGCUCCUCUGGCAUUGGCUUGGCUGUGGCUGCACGGCUGGCCAACGAUGAGCUCAGACGGUUUAAAGUGGUUGCCACAAUGAGGGAUCUUGGGAAGCGGGGACCCUUGGAGAAAGCGGCGGGUGACUCCUUAAACAAAACCCUGGAAAUCAAACAGUUAGAUGUCUGUUGUGAAGCCUCCAUCAGAGAGUGUGUCAACAGCCUGCCGGACAGACGGGUGGAUGUUCUUGUGAACAAUGCUGGUGUCGGCAUGAUUGGACCACUGGAGUGCCAAAGUAUUGAUGUCAUGCGGGAGCUCUUUGACACAAACUUCUUCGGCCUGGCACGUCUGGUGAAAGAGUUGCUGCCUGACAUGAAGCGGAGGCAGAGCGGCCAUAUUGUGGUGAUGAGCAGCGUCAUGGGAAUACAGGGGAUUCUUUUCAAUGACGUCUACUCUGCCUCUAAAUUUGCUGUGGAAGGAUUUUGUGAAAGUCUGGCAGUGCAAGCAUUGAAGUUUAACAUCAAGACGACUCUCGUGGAACCUGGCCCUGUGGUGACAGAGUUUGAAAGGAAAGUGUACGAGGAUGCUGAGAAGAUGGAUCUUUCAGGGACGGACGAGGAGACAGCCAAAAUCUUUCGUGAAGUUUACCUGCCAUACUCUAAAAAGAUCUUUGCCUCAUUAGGCCAGACACCAGAGGAAGUGGCUGAGCAAACCGUUAAAGUGAUCACAGCCGAGGAGCCUCCUCUGCGCCACCAGACCAACCGCCUAUACAUGCCCAUGACUGCACUGAAGCAUGCCGAUCCGACUGGCCGACUGCCUCUGGACACCUUCUAUAAGAUGACCUUUAAACAUGACCGCGUGUUCAAUGCUACUCUCGGGGUGAUGCGCAUACUGCAGAGGAUGGCAGGGAAGAAAUAAAGAUGUAUGCCAGGAUGCAUAGACUGUAAAUGUUAUUAUUUAGGAGACUGUGAUUGACUGAAGUAGCUUCAACUUGUUGUCACAGUUUGUUAAGUACAAUAUCUAAAAAACAAAACCAGAAGUUUGUACUAUAAACAUGCACGUAAUAUUAAUGGACAUUUCUUUUUUUAGUUUCAUUCUCUAUGAGUUCAUACAGGUAAACGCUGCGUCGUCAUAUCGAUGUGAAUGAUAUUUCACUCACCAGUACUGGUCCCAUCAUAGUGCUGUCACUGUAGUCGAAAUAAACUAGUACAUACAACAUUUUAUAAACACCAUUUAAAUGAUAAAUAAUAUUUAAACACACAUACUGUCCUUUUACCAGCAUCCUCACAACUCAUGAGCUACUCAUGCUGGCUACAUGCUGUGCACCCCGCGAUGACUAAAACCUCUGUUGUGCAAUUAACUGGAAGCAACUCUGAGAGCAAAACAAUAAAACCCUGUAAUCAAAACACAAACCUUGCUCUGAGCACCAUUUAGCUAUAAUGCUAUUCUAGUUGAACUGUUGCAUCACAGACUAAACAUAACCA